AUGGCUUCCUUACAGGCCAAAGUCGAGGCCGUCAAGGCGACUGUUGCAUCGACAGCGACUUGCACUCCGGCGACAGUCGUAACACUCAAAGAACUCCUCCUGCCAGAAGCCGAAUCGCAGCCGCCGAGACCAAAGCCCACCGCCUCACGAUCUACAAAGGCUGGAGCCGCGACGAAAACGAAGGGCAGCACCGCAAGAGAAGAUUCCCUGGUCUCCCAUGGCGAGACGCUGAGUGCGCGCGAGAGGGCUGCCCUGGCCACAUACAUCAUUAAUGUCACCCUCAAGACGCUGUCCGAGGCUGCGAAGCCUCAGCCUUUGGCAACGCCGUCGAAACCAGCCGGCGAUCCUCGAGAAGCAGCGGGGAUACAAUCGAUACGCAGAUCCUCCUCGGCGCCGCUGUCUCCCGUCCAGCCCCGCGCGCUCAACCGCCUUACUGCGUCCUUCAGCGUCGAAGCGAACAUUACGAAAUCACAAUCGCCAGCCCAGUCGACGGGAUGUCUUGCCACGGUGGAGUGCGCACGAACCGCAUUCUCCGCGCUCCGAACCAUGAAGGGCCCAACGAAACCCGACGAGACCGACUUUCAGCUGGAGACGGGCAUGUCAGCAUUGGCAGGCAAGCUGCUCUCUCUGGGGAUGCAUGACCAAGCUCUCAAGGAGCUGAGGGUGCUGAAGCGAAGGUUGGAUACCAUCAUCAAUGGGAAGCAGUCAAGCAAUGCCAAGUCGGGAUCCGAGAGCACGACCACGACAUCAGCAAUCGCCGAUUUGCUCAACUUCCACGGCUCCAUUCCGAAGCAGAGCCUCGCCACCAUCACGGGAUACCAGAUGCAAGUUCUGAAGCUAGUCGCGGCGACGAAGAAGCCCUCCCACAUCGAAGCCAUUCUCCCCUACCUCCCCGAUUCAUACACCUCGUCUCCGUUCAACCUCCUGUCCGCCCUCGCCAAAGGUGGAGCCAAGGAAGCCUCAAAGGCGGUUCGCCAAAUGGCGUCCUUGUCCCAACUUCUCCUCUCGCUUGCGCCCAGCAUCUCCAGCCAGGAAGAUGCCGUAGCCACCGAGCCCCGGUUGAGUCCGUCUCCCCGAGCAGCUUUCGAACUGCAGUCUCUGGCUUUCCGGAUUCAGCUCAAGUGGUGGAAAUUGGCGGGCCAUCAGGGAAAGAUUGACAACGACGUGCUCUCGCCGUUCUCUCGCUGCCUACGAGCUUACACCCGCCGCCAGAGAUCAGACGACGGCCCCAUCUACCAAAGAGUGUCCGAAGCAUACGACGCCAUCAUGCAGCUUAUUCAUGCCCAGCAAUAUCGUCCAGCAACAUCCUUUGACUUCCCUUUAGCAUCAAUACACCAAAAUCUAGGGUCCAUUGCCCAGGCUGAGCGCCGAUAUACCGAAGCCCACCGCUGGUUUCUGGAAGUGAAGGGCUCUCUUACUGCCGGACACGAAUCAUCUGUUCUCAGAUGCUCGGUGUCUGCGCGCCUCCUUGCGGUGGCUCUGAAGAAGUCCGAUCUAGAUCAAACGGUCGAGCCUCUGCUCUGCGAAGUCAUCGAGGGCUUGGACGGCAGCCUCAGCGGAACAAUCGCAGAGCUGAACGAGCUUCUCGAAAGCCUGUGUCUUGCGAGGCGCUCAGUCGUCGGCCUCCUUAUGACCUGCUUGGGCCCGAAAGCAGCCGAAAGCACGGUUCCAAACAUCCUACUAGGUCAUCUCAAGACAUUCGCCCUCAAGUAUCCACGAUUUGUGCGCCGAUGGACAGGACUGCCCCCUGGCAAAGACGCACCGCCGAAGCAGGUCCUCCAGUUUGAUCAGCGGCGACAACUAGUUGCACAGUCCAUAGGUCAAACUCUUGAUGCUACCCUCAUGGUCAUCAAAUGCGACAUCCAGUCCGAAUCUUUAGAGUGGCACGCAGUCGACGAUGUUCUUCAGCACUGCGUCUCCCUUAUCGAAUGCAUGACUGCCUCUACUCUGUCUACCCACAAAGUGGACAAUUUCGGCCCCUAUUCCGUCAAGCUCUCCAGCCUUUACUUUCUCUACUUUUCCCAGCUUAAAAGGAAAUCGAGCCGAACCAAAGACGAGAACAAGCACCUUCUGCAGGCCUUGCACCGAUCGAUUGACGUUGUUAAGAACUGUACCGAAGCAGAGAAGGAGAAGGCGCAGCUAUCAACGAAGCUGGAGGUGUUUGCCGAUCUGUGCAAAAGUUCUGGCAGGGCCGACGAUGCCAUACAGGCGUUGCGCGCCAUCUGCUCCAACAUGGCCGACAAGGGCGCGCUGAGCGAUGUUGCUGAAGCGCUCUCUGUCCAGCCUCCAAGCACGGCCUGGGCCAUCAACGAGAGGGUAUCGCUCAUGUCGCGCACUCUGCGCUCCUUGUCCAAGUAUGACACCUCGUGGAACGAGUGGACGUUUCCCCUCCCAGAGGCUGAACGCGCCGCGGUCUUGGAGCAUCUCAUGUAUCUCAAUCUCUCUGGUUCCUCGACACCCCUUGGGCUUCACGAUGCGGGAGUCGCUGCGCUGCUUCGCCUGUACACCCCUGACAGGUAUCCACUGCGCCGCCUCCGCGUGUUGCUACAUCUCUGCUAUCAAAACCUUGGAGAAGAGGAACAGCUUGCCCAAAUCCUCCCUCUAGCUGAAGAGACGCUGGAGCGUGUCGAGACCGGAGACAAGGCGGGCGACGCUGCACUGGCCCGCUUUGUUCCCCAUCUAAAGGCCUAUUGCUUUUCCAUUUCUGCUCUCAUCCGUGUGGAUUAUACCAUGACUCCGCUGCUUGAUCAGGCAAUCGACUCCUGGAAGUCCAUGGUAGGGACUUGUCAGACGCAAGACGAGCUGCUUUCAAUCAUCGACGACCCUCAGGGCCUGUUGGAUCAUCUGCGGUCACUACACCAGCUUGCAGGGCUCAGGGGAGAGACGCGUCUUCAGCUUGCCAUAUCUGAGCUCACCAUUUCCCUGUCUAGCAUAUUUGUCGGAUCUACGGAAGCCAACGGCGACGGGCUGGUUCUCAGCCAUAGUCAUUUGGCGGCGCAAUACGUACAGAUUGGGCUAUUCCCGCAAGCUCUCAAGACCUUGGAGGAAACUCAAGAGCUCAUCAGCCGCUAUGACGGACUCUCUCGUCAAGUCCAAGCUGAGUUUCACCUCUCACAGGCAGAGUACCACACCAGCAUUGGCGAGAUGGAGACUGCCAAAAUUUGCAACGCCCAUUACUCCUCUUGGGCUCGGAGCAAGUCUCAGGCUUCAAUGAUCAUGUCCAUCACCGCAUUGCUACAAUCCAUUGCUACUCUCCAGGCUGGACAUAUACCAGACGCGCUCUCAUACGUCAAGACAAGCGUUCGAUUACUCACUCAUGACUGGACCAAGCUGGAAGCAGCAAUGGGGGCUGGCCCAAGGAAUGCAGCAGACAUGAGCCUGUCAGACAUGAACACCAGCAUCACAGACUUGACAACCUCACGGGGUAAAGCAUCCGGCCCGCGGUUCUGGGCUCUGGCCAGCCCACUUCUUCGAAGCCUUUUACACAUCUCGUCAGUGUACGCUCAUAUCGGCAUGUUCCAGGAGACAAUCUAUUACGCCGAGUCCGCCUGGAAGAUUGCGGAGAGCACCCAAUCAUCCCUCUACAAAUCUCAGGUAGCUAUCUGGAUCGGCUCAGUCUAUCUUAGGGCUGGGAAGCUGCCAAAAGCGCUGGCCACUUUCAAGAAUGCAGAGGAGCAGCUACCGCGUGACAUCUGCUCUGCCCGCGUUCGCUUUGCGCGUCAACUCGGAGAAUUCUAUUGGGAGAUUGGAGAAGACGACAAAGCUGCCGGGUACCUGACAAUCGCUGAGGAGACUGCCCGCCUUCUGAGCACAGUCGAGGGCGAGUCUAGUAGCAAUGUCGAUGCAGAGCCCCCUAUUGCCUCGACCAGGGCUACAAGAUCCACGAGAGCAACGAGGGCAAAAGCAGCAACAGGCUCAACCAAAGCCUCGAAGCGUGACACGGCGGAAACCAAGGCUCCUCCUCUAGAGGAUGCUGUACAGCUGCCCAAGGACAUAUACUAUGCCUCCCUCCACGCUGCCAUCAUCAUGUCACGCACCCUGGGCCUGAUCCAUCAGAAAGACUGGACGUCGGCUCUGCAAGCGCUAGAACAACUCAAAGACGUCCCCAAACUCGUGGCCGUGCUUUCUCAGGAACAAGUCAUGACAGCGGUGUCGUUGAUUGGCCACAGCAUGGAGCAGAUGACUUCCGAUCCCGUCUUCUCUGUCAUGCAGGAUUCAACCAUUUCCUUCCCCGCUGUGUCGGCGCUGGCUCUAGCCUCUCCUAUCAAGCAGCCGCUUGUCAAGGGCGAAAAGGAGACGGACUCUCCUGCCUUUGCCGAUGCGCUGAGGCAAGCACAGGAGCUCCUCGUCGAAGCUCACGCCUCUGCCCUCUCGAGCGCUGACAGCAGCAUGGUUCGUCGCAUCUCCACACUGCUCCAGAGCACCCUCAUCUUUCUCUCGGCCACACUGGCUUCGUCCAGGUGUCUCUCUGGAUCGAGCUUGGGCACUAUCGCUGUUGACAUGGCUCGCAAUGUCACCUGGCGGCGAGAGCAGCUGACGCUGGCCGGACCCAACAAUGAUGCGGCCGCUAUGCGGGUUGCGACUCCAGUCCACAAGCCGCCCGCGGCAGAGUUGACGGCCGACAUGGCCAACUUUCAGGAGUCCUACGUCGACUUGAUUCCAGAGAAGUGGAGCGUCAUCUCUGUUUCCCUCAGCGAUAACCGCCAUGAUCUGUGCAUCACCAAAUUUCAAGCUGGGCAGGGCCCGUUCAUCUUACGCUUGCCCCUGGAGCGAGCCAACUCCCGUGAUGCCGACUCUGAGGUCUUCAACUUUGAGCACGGUCGUGAGGAGCUGCUGGAGCUGAUCAAGCUGGCCAACGAAAGCAGCCACUCCGCGCGGGACUUCACCGCCAAAGGAGAACGGGGUGCUUGGUGGGCGGAGCGACAGGCUCUCGACUCUCGACUUAAGAAGCUCUUAGUCACAAUCGAGACGACUUGGCUGGGAGGGUUCAAGGGCAUAUUCUCGCAGCAUCGCAGACUGGGGGACCUGCUGGCACGCUUCCAGCGGGAUUUCCACCAAAUGCUGGACAGGACUCUGCCUUCUCGAAACAAGAGCCGAGCCAAGAAGAUGACGACGAAGACGGAUACGGUAAACUUGGAUCCCAGAAUUCUCGACUUGUUUAUUGGCCUCGGCAACCCUACCGACCCGGACACCGACUUUGACGAGGCCAUGAAUGACCUGCUCUACUUUGUGGUGGAUAUCCUGCAGUUUCACGGCGAGCGAAAUGCUUACGACGAAAUCGAUUUUGACAGCAUGGUGCUAGAGACGUACGAUGCCCUGCGCGCAUAUCACAAUGCUGCCAGCUCUCCAGAGAGAGAGGAGGGCGCGCACACGGUGCUUGUUCUCGACAAGCUGCUGCAUGCUUUCCCCUGGGAGUCGCUGCCCUGCAUGGACGGCCUCUCGGUGUCUCGGGUGCCUUCACUCGCAUGUCUUCGUCAGCUCAUUGAGGAGGCUGGCAUAGGUCCGACAAGCGCAUCACAGGGCCACUUUGUGUCGGCCAGGGCUGGCACAUACGUCCUCAAUCCGUCGUCUGACCUGACCAACACGCAAGCCUUCUUCCAGUCGGCCUUCUUGAGUCUUGAGUCGUGGACCGGCAUCACCAACAAGGCGCCCAAGGAGUCCGAGUUCGAGCACGCGCUGUCCACGUCCGAGAUUAUGGUGUACUUUGGCCACGGCAGCGGCGCUCAGUAUAUCCGUGGCAAGACGAUCCGCCGCCUGGAAAAGUGCAGGCCGGCGACGUUCCUCAUGGGCUGCAGCUCUGCGGCUCUCACCGACGCGGGCGAGUUUGAGUUGUAUGGCCCCGUGUGGAACUACAUGAUGGCCGGGUGUCCGGCCGUCGUGGGCACGCUGUGGGACGUGACGGACCGCGACAUUGACCGGUUCGCCGGCAGGGCUUUUGAGGAAUGGGGGCUCUUUGCCAGGGGCACGUUUGACCUGUCGACGUCCUUGUCGGGCAAGGCCAAGGCCAAGGCCAAGGGCAGGGCUAAGAGCUUUGCCGAGGAGGUGGACCAAGUGAGGCUCGAUGCUCCUGCUUCAGAUCAUGCUUCGCUUGCGGAGGCGGUGGCGAGGGCGAGAAGCGCGUGUCGCUUCAAGUAUCUCAACGGCGCGGCGGUGGUUUUGUAUGGAAUCCCUGUUUAUAUCAAGAAGGAGUGAAAAAGGACUCUUGGACACGAUGACACUACCUGGGAAAAUUGGCUUUGGGUAAAAGGGAAUCGAGCGGGAUAAAAUUCUACAAGGGGCUAAACGGUGGAAAGAAC